AUGGAGAGGCUUAUCUAUUCCACUUCUUUUCCUUCUAAACUCAACCAUCGCCUCCACCAUGAUUCUUCCCUUCUCCCUCGACUCAAACUCCAUUCUUCUUCUUUUUCUUUACCCGCGCUGCCACGCCUUCAGUCACUGCGUGUAACCUGUAAGCUCCAUGAUUCGGCUUCUGUUUCCUCGAAACCCUAUGCGGAUUUGUCUUCUUCUGCGGAUUUGACUGAUGCGUCGCACCCCAAACCCCAUUUCCUCAAACGAAUCGCUCAAACAUUUUCUGAUCAACAAAAGGGGCUUACUUCUGGGACAGUAAUAUUGUUCUCUGCAAUCUUUCUUAUGUUAGCUCACCCAGUUGUGGUGGCACCAGCUUUUGCUAGUUUCCAAAGUUCAGCAAGCAAUGGGGGUCCAGCUGUGGCUACAGCUGGAACGCAACGCUUUCAUAGUGAAUUACUUAGCAGUGCAUGGACUGGCUUCUUGGCAGGUUGUUUACACACGUUAUCUGGUCCGGAUCACCUUGCUGCAUUAGCUCCACUCUCAAUAGGCCGUACAAGGAUGGAAAGUGCCGUAGUUGGGGCCCUCUGGGGAUGUGGCCAUGAUGCUGGACAGGUGAUAUUUGGCUUAAUAUUUUUGCUUUUGAAGGAUCAACUUCACAUUGAAAUUAUUAGAACAUGGGGAACAAGAGUCGUUGGUUUUACUCUGCUUGUAAUUGGUGCCAUGGGAAUCAAGGAAGCUUCAGAAGUCCCUGCCCCGUGUGUUGCCUUAGAAAAUAGCGAAGGUGAUGUUAGCGUGUAUGAAGCCCUUGAGAAUCCAUCGACGAUUGGAAAGAAGAAGAUUGGAUUUGCAACUUUUGCCACAGGGAUUGUCCAUGGAUUGCAACCUGAUGCUCUGAUGAUGAUCUUACCUGCACUUGCAUUGCCUUCACGCAUGGCUGGUGCUGCAUUUUUGGGUAUGUUCUUGGUUGGGACAGUUAUUGCUAUGGGAAGCUAUACUGUCUUUAUAGGCUCGUGUAGUCAGGCACUCAAGGAUAGGGUUCCCAGAAUAACUGAGAAGCUCACCUGGGCAUCUUCCCUUGUGGCGAUUGCUUUAGGGCUUGCCUUAUUGAUUAGCCAAUUUUUCGGAUUUAGCUUGUAUUGA